CUAUUAUUCGAUGGUACCCAAAUUCUCCUAUUUUCUUCGCGAUCUGAACAAAUCCCACUUUACCCCACGAUGGGUUCGUAUGUACGUUCGCUCGCUCAUCUUGUCAUCCCAAGUCUUACGAGCUUAUCUCACUGACACCUUUCAUCCAUGGAAAAUAAGAAUGUGACCGUUUUCUCCCCUCCAACACUUGUGUGUAUUACCUAGUAUUUUGCGGACUUUCGCUUACCAAGGCCGUGAAAUAGGUCAGAACAGGUAAACGCUUACGCCUACCUCGCGCCUGAUUGCCUUGAUUCGAGUAUAUCACAUUGGCACAUCUUCCUUAUACGGCAACCCGCCCGUCGGUUGUCUGACCUCCCUUUAUUUUCCGCCUCCGAAAGCUCGAGAAGGUUGGUAUGUAAUAAGCCUCUAAUGUGGAUGUAUCCGCCGUCUGUACGAUGUAUGAGGUACGCGUGGGCAGUUAAGAAGCGCGGCGAAGGGGUCGCGCAUUAGGGCUGAGGUCAUGUGUGUCCGAUCAUGAAACGCCUCCACGAUUUGGAUCGGCCAUCCAAUAUCGAUCUUGCAGAUAAUUAUCACCUUCUCCUUCGCGCGCGUGUGCAGUACCGUCCAUUACCUUGGUAACUUUGCUAAUCUACUUGCUUAAUACCUAGUCGCGAGUGAGAAAUAAGAAAAAAACUGCCGCCCUUACAUGCCGGCUUCGGAUCUUACAUACCGGCCCUUGCUUCUCAUCAUUUAUGCGUGGCCGUCAGCGUGGGCGCCGAUAGGAAAGAAAAAAGAAAAAAAAAUAUUAAGUCGCAGAAUCCUUUCGCGCGUAGCGAACCACCAUACAUACAUACAUAUUUUGCCCUACCCACGGCGCCUUUCGGAAAAUACGGAACCAGCUCGCUGGGUAGAGGCGCGAGCGCUGAUUGCGUCGGUACCAACCGACUUCAGCUAGAUUGUCGGUCCCGGAUAUCUCCUCGGAGAUGUCAAGUUACCCAACGCAGUGUUUGCUAUCCCAGAUUUAGGAUGAAGAUAAGUAUAUAUCAGGUUUCACCCUUUACCCAAAACCAUAUCGUCGGAAUCCUUCCCUUGUCAUUCUGAAGAAAGAAUGAUUCCUACAGCGUACAUACAGUACCUAGUACCGAUAUCCCAAUCCCCCCCCUCGUAAGCGUAGCUAGCCCGGAACCAGUAAAGCCGCCCACCCAUAUUCGUUUACCAUGCACGUAUGUAGUUAGGUAACCUUCAUCCCAUCCCUUGCUAGGGUUUAGAUAGGGCGCAGAUGCGACAUAGCUGGAAAAGGCAAAAUUAAGCUGGCAGGCUGGUGGGAUAGCUAGUGGGAUGGUGAAUCGCUGAUAAACUACCUACAUACAUACUACAUACCUAGUAGACCAAGACUGCGAAUAGAGAAUGGGGGAGCUGCAAGUUACAUGAUACAUUAUAGUCUAUUGGAUGUCAGCUGCAUUUUAGAAGCCU